GGUAUAUUUGCACGUCUACAGCUUCUGCGACGGCAUCAAUAUCUUGCCAUAUAGGCCCGGUUCAAAUCGUUUAAAAAUCCUGUGUCAGCCCCAGAAAUCUACAAACACGUGGACAUUUCUCGUUUGAUGGUCGAACACACCGUUUCGUAUGCCUUGACACGCUGGCGACGUCAGGGUCAAUCAACGUCGAGAAACUUUACCGUCUCGAGGAAGCUUGGAUGAUUGCUUGGACUAUAUUGUGUUUGAACGACGCAACGAGGAACCAUGAACCGCAAACAACGUCGAAACAAAGCUUCGACAGAUGGCCACCCGUCGAUAGCAUCAGCAGAUGACAUCCCUCUCGCACGACCGGACCGCACUGCACCAGAUGCGGGAGCAAACACCAAAACACUCUUCGAGAUCGCCGCUGAGCGUCAAGCCAAACUCACUGGUCGAUCGGGCGGCCGACCCAUUGAUCCCAAGAACAUUGUCCAAGUCAAGAUCGGUCAAGACGGUCAGAUCCAACCUGACCCGAACACGCCGUCGGCGACAUUCCUCACCACGUCUGAUGAUGAUGAAGAUGCAAGAUCAGAGACUCCGUGGCUCGACACGAUCCUCCUCGCCAUGUCCCUCUCGGCCGUCCACUUCACGCUCGACGUCCUGACCGUCCACCAGUACGCCCAAGAACUAGAAUUCCCGCCCAUUUUCGCACGGACGAUCUUCACGGCGUUCCCCACACUCACCGUUGUCAUCGCACUGUUUCACGGCCUGCUUUUUCCAAAGUCACUUGGACAGGCCACGCCGCCGAGCGUGCAGCAAGGGAUACUCAGGUUACGACAGGUCAUCUACGUCCUCGUCGCCAACGUAGCGGGUUGCUACCUCGUCGCCCUGACCAACGACAAGGGCUACUACGCCGUGAUGAAGGACGCACCGAGUGUAGGCACCAUUUGGGUCUGGACCGUGUUGGAGCUUGGAUUACUGGGUGCCUUGGCCGGCGUGGCUGGACCGGCCAUGUACGCUUGGUGGAACGAGUAUGGAAUAUUCUAAAGCCCUUCGGUUGACUUACCUUCCUCCGUGUCUGAAAAGGGACAAGUCUGGGGUUGCCUGAUAUUGAUGGGUGUUUGAGUGACCGUUGUCUUGUUAAUGGUUCAAAAGUUGGACUACUUCCGGGUGAGGUGUGGCAUGGAGUCUGUCCUCCCCCUCCCCAUCAGGUGAUGCUGAUGCCGAGUUCCGGGUCAAGCGAUGGAAAAUCGACUUGAUUGUACGAAUACGGAGUGACAAGUACGGAGUUUCCACUUGUUGAUAAAGGCCAGCCCGGACAUGGUCGGAUAUCCUGGUAGGGAUUGGAGACAACCGGACAAGGCAGGAGAUGUACGGAGGCGCUGAGAAAUAUCGUAUAGAUUCUCCGAUAGUCGGGCGCACGGAUUGGGAAAGGGAGAAAUUUACCAAUGACUCGUAUGGUUUGGGGGAAGUGGGAGUCAUACAGCAGGAGGAGCUCAGGAUACUUUGUUGUACGACGCGAAGAGGAACGACUUGAGCAGGUUUAGCAGAGCCCAGGCUUUCAUCUGGGAAGAACAGGGUACUCCAUAACCAAAACACCGCGGCGGCUGGCAUUCCCAUUUCGGGGAAACCCGACAUUGAGGUACAGAAACUGACAGAGUAUCAUUCUGCGAGACAGGUGACACGGUGUGCGUGUACUCGGUGCAACGCGAGCAGUAUUACUAUUGUACACCAAGCCCCUGAGUUGCGCAAUGCGCAGCUCCGUACCUAGAAUGAUGGAAUCUUGCGAACCCACCU